AUGUCUCUUUUUGUACGAAAUGCCGAGACUGUUCGAAUCCGUUCUUCUCUGCCUUUGUUUGAAGUGCUGGCAUCUCCGUCGUUGUCUUCCGUGGCCGUCUGGGAUUGUUACGGGAUCACACGACCCCCGGCUUGCCUUCUCCUCUUCUUCUCAGGGCCUUUCACAGACGUCGUCACCGCUAACCUGAAGCUAAAGAAUCCUUCAGAUAGAAAAGUAUGCUUCAAAGUGAAGACCACAGCGCCGCGCAGGUACUGCGUACGGCCGAACAGCGGCAUCAUCGACCCCGGGGCCACGCUCAUCAUCUCAGUGAUGCUGCAACCAUUCGAUUAUGAUCCGAAUGAGAAGAGCAAACACAAGUUUAUGGUACAGUCUCUGCUGGCUCCGCCUGACAUGACCGACACUGAGGGAGUGUGGAAGGACGCCAAGCCAGAGGAUCUGAUGGACUCCAAGCUGAGAUGUGUCUUUGAGAUGCCCGCUGAAAAUGAGAAAACGCAUGAAAUGGAAAGCAAUAAGAUAUCCUCCAGUCUCUCAAAGUCGGAAUCAUCCACAUUGUCUAUGAAGUCCAUGGUCUCCAGUCUGGAUGAUGGAGAGGUGAAGAAGAUCAUGGAGGAAUGUAAAAGACUGCAGACGGAGGUGCAACGGCUACGAGAGGAGAACAAACAGAUCAGGGAAGAUGAUGGUCUGCGGAUGAGGAAGAGCACAGUAAUGUCCGCUCCGCACUCAUCUCCAGCGGUGAGAGUGAAGGAGGAAGGGCUGAGCACCAGGGUGAUCGCUCUAAUUGUGCUGUUUUUUGUCGUGGGUGUCAUCGUAGGCAAGUUGGCCUUGUAAAAUCCAAGAAGGGAGCGCUACAAGCAUGCGUUGCGGAUGAAACAAAAACAAAACAGACAAGUAACCAAUGCAGAAUUCGUUUAAUCCGAAUGCCAUAUCAUUUGGGUAGUUUUGGAUUAGCGAGGUGUGUAAAUUUAAUAAAGAGAUCAAGGAAUUUCAUCAUGUUAUGUGCAAAGAAAAAAAAUCCAAAAAAAAAAAAAAAANCAAAAU